ACUCCCCGUGUUGUGGAACAGCUGACUCUGCGGUGGGUGGUGCAAGCGGACUGGUAUCUAUUUCGAACAGUUACCAACCCGAUAGUGAAAAUAAUCGGCAGAAAGCUGUUGGAGUGUUAGUAUUGUUCAGGCACUGGUAAUCAUUUACACCACAACAUGGCAGAGACGGACCCUAAGUCGGUGCAGGACCUCACCAAUGUGGUCCAGACACUGCUGCAACAGAUGCAAGACAAAUUUCAGACCAUGUCAGACCAAAUCAUCGGGAGGAUUGAUGAGAUGAGCACGCGCAUUGAUGACUUGGAGAAGAACAUUGCUGACCUGAUGACCCAGGCUGGUGUUGAAGAGAUUGAGGCGGCACCGGAAAAGGCUAAAGAGGGUCAAGGCUCAUAAUGAAGGUUCCUAAGAAACAUGGUGUGAAGUCGGUCCUUUAUUCAGGAGCAGCAGACUUUUCCAUUCUGAAAAUGACUUCUAUUGAUUUGGUGUGUCGUUGUGUGAAAUGCUUUUUUAUAUAUUGAAUAUUGUGAUAAACGGUUACAGUUAUGUAAUGACUUGAAAAGUUGAACGUUAUUUGUAAGCUAGAAUAGUGUGAUAUGCCCUUCAGAACUGUAAGUGCUCAUGUGCGAAAAUGCAACUUAUGGAUUUUUGUGCACCGACCCGGAGGUUAUCUCGCUGCCAUCAUAUUGCAUAAUUAAUUAAAUCCCAUGCGGUGAUGGCUGAUGGGGACAGUUUGGCCACAGCCUGUGCUGAGAAGUACAAUCCGCAGCCUUACAGGCCAGUAGAACCUCCAUCCCUACCAACACGGGAAACGGGCACAGUGAGAAGCCUGUAGUGAUUUACAAGUAGCAUUGUUACUACCAAGGUGUGGGAUGCAUUCCAAUUUCAACUGAUUUUCUUCUAUUAAAGGUAUUUAAUACAAUGCUGUCUGUCAUGUAUUACACACUUAAUAUUUAGCCAGGUGCUGAGUGAAUUUUUAAAAAUGCAAAUAACUACUAGGUGCUCAGUGUUUUCUGUAUUUAUUUUUUUAAACCAGAGUUGUAUUUUAUCAUGCAAAUUAUCUGGAAUGUCUAGAAUUUGUUGCAUGUUUUCUGGUCUAUAUUGUUCAUAAUGUAUUGGAAUGACAGACUUAGAAGUUAACAUUCUAUAAUGGCUGAUAAGAUGUUUUUUAAAUCACAUUUAUUGUAUUCGGAAUCAGGUAUUUGCAAGAAUGUCCACUCAAAAGUGUGUCACAUCACUGCAUGGUAGGAACCUUUAUUCAAAUUAGUGCAAACACAAAAUUUACAAACAAAACAAAAUUAAGUGCCAAAAGCAGAAACGAACAGCAAGCAAACAAAACACGUCACACAGUUUUACGAAGUACACCAUCAGUAGUCCAUGAACGUAUUAUGAAUGAAAUAUUAAAGUUCUGUAUGUAUUACAAA